AAGAGAUUCAAUUUCCUGAUCUCUAAGUUGGGGAUGCUGAACCUAAACGACUGAGUAACAUCUGAACUGUGUGUGUGCGUGUGCUUUCAUGUUUUGCAUUUUAGUUUUUUUUUUUGCAUCACAUUUCUUUUCUCUCUCUCUCUCAUGCAUCAUUUUUUUCUUAUGCAUCACAUGUUUUUCUUUUUAUUAUUCUGUUUGCAUCAUUUUUUUAUUUGCAUAAAUUGAGGGGGAGCUUUUCAAAAUCUGUUCAUCUGUUGAGGGGGAGUAUUUCUAAAUUGUAUAAAAUUUGAGGAGGAGUUUGCUAAAAUUUUCAUUCUUGAAGAGAAGCAAGUGUUGAGGGGGAGUAUUUUUAAAUUGAAAUCUGACUGAUUUGAGCCCGUUACACUUUUGAAAAUUCUCCCGGGCCUAUUUAAACUUUUGAAACGCGCAACCCUUCCUCAUUCUUCACUCUUGCGCGAAACUCUCCAACUCCCAGAGCUCCGAAUCUCUCAACUCCCUCUCUCGUUUUCGCUCAUCGGUAAAAAUCUUCUCAUGUUCUUCGAUUAUUCUCUUCGUUUCUCUUCGAUAAUGGCGAUAAACAGGUACACGGUUUAGACAAAGAUGAUGAAUAGGUGCUCUUGCGCGAUUUUGAGGCUCUUGCGCGAUUUUCAAUGCCUGCGCGAUCUAUACAGAUUGCUCGAUCUACGGCCCUUGCGAGAUUUGCUUGGGGUGCGCGAUCUGAGAAGGAUUUGCGCGAUCUACUUGGAGCUGAGCGAUUUUAAUACAUGCGCGAUUAGGCCCUUACGAGAUCUUCAUCUUGCGCGAUUCGCCUACGCUGCGCGAUCCUCCAUGGCCUGCGCGAUUACAGGCCUGCGCGACUCUAACCCUUGCGCUAUCCGACCCCUUGCGCGAUCUCACUAGAGAUGCGCGAUUUGGCAUGCCUUGCGCAAUUUGUGAGGCUGCGCGAUCCAUAAAGCUAGCGCGAUCCAUAUGGGUUGCGCUAUAUCCCAUAACGCAAUCAAGUGAGACCAAGCAGGCCCAAGUCAGCCCAAGAUUCAAACCCUUUGCGGAGAUUCAUUAUUUGGGCCAAAACAAAGUCUAGACCCAAAUCAGACCAAGUGCAAUAUCCAUUCUUAAAUUGGGCCCCACUUUUCAUUAAAAAAAAAACAAACAAUAAAGGGCCCAAGUGACAAGAAGUUGUGGACUUAGCAAUUUUCGAUCAAAUGCUCUAAUCUCUUUAUCAUUUUCAGACUGAAAUGGCUGCCAACACUCCAAUCAACAUGAUCUACUCUAGGGAACAAUGGAUUCCGAUCAAGGAGAACAACUCACAAUUGGACCCUGAAGUGUUCUCUUGCCAAGACAAUGUGGUCGUCUCCAUUUUGAAAGGCCAUAAGCUGUGGAAGGCCCUGAGCGAAAACGCUGAAGUCCCUCAGGUGUAUCUCCAACAAUUCUGGGGUACACUUGACAAGGAUGUUGACGACAAUGGUAGACAAAUUGAUGACGUGCUAGCUGCCACGAUCCAUAACACCAGAGUCACAAUCACGAAGGAGCUCGUCCAACAAGUGCUACAGAUCCCGGAGGAGGAACAUUAUGAUGCGUUGGCCUCAGAAGCGCAAAUAUUUGAAGACAUGAUCACUCUAGGCCACGCUGAGCCCCUCCGACUAAUGUCCGCAAUUAAGACAGCACGAUUUCCACGACCAUGGAGGACACUUAUGGCUACAUUGAACAAGUGCUGCACAUCUAAGCACAGCGGAUUCGACAAAUGCAGUGGUUACCUCGUCUACAUCUUCCACGGCAUCGCCUUCAUGAAGAACUACGACUUCACCUCACUAAUCUGGGGUGACAUUCUGGAGAUGAGAAGACGGAAAUUCGAAACUGAUAUGAUCAAACACCUACCAUACAUGAGAUGGUUUUCAUUGCUGGUGCGACACUUCUGCAGAACCAUUCCAACGAUUCAAAGACGCAAAUCAUCUGAGAAUGUCAGCACUCCAGCCCAGCCCUCCAAUACUUGAAGAGAAUGCCAGAGGUACGCACAUUGGUACCAUUACCUAUUCCUGUUCCUCUCCUCCUGUUAGCUGGGCGAAAUGAUCCACAUGUCAUACGCUACAGUGAGGAGAAUGGUGUCAUACUCCCUAUGGCUCAGAUAAACCCCCCUGAGCCUACCCCGGGGAGUCAGCCGAGAGUAAGUGAGGGUCCUGAGAGUUCAACCCGGCCACAGAGACCAGUGGCAAGCUGGCCCCAUGAUGAUCAGACUAUGUCUGCUGAGGGCCACACCCGUGCUGAAGAGACUACCCAUGAUUCGCCAAGCGUAGCCACAACACAAGACGCUGACGAUGAGGGCUCUGGGAGCAAGGCUGAGAACGACAACGAUGAUGAUGAUGAGGAUGACGACAACGCCAAUACAAAGGGGAAGAAAGUCGAGAAAGCCCGCGCUAAGAAAGGACGACUCGUUAUCAGGCUUUCUCGGGCUACAACACAAGAGCAGUCUCACCAAAUCAAGGACACUCGAGGAAAUAUCAUCAGUGAGACUCGCUCCAAGGUACGUAAUGACAACCCCUCCUCAUCAUCUACUCCUGUGCAAAGAGUGCAAACCGCGAGCAACCUGGCAGAAGAGUUAGCUUUAUAUGACAGCUGCUCUGACCUUGACACAAUAAACCGGGCUAACCCCAUAGGUGCAGAAACUGAUAUUUUCAGUUUCCGAGUAGAAGACGCAGCAUCUAGCCCAACUGCGCAUGCACAAGCCUCACCUAGCCACUCUGCUGCCUCUCAACAGGUAGUAGUUUCACAUAUAGGGGAUCUUUUACCCACCUUGCUGCCUCCUUACGAAGCAGCUGAGGAUUUACUUUGUGGUCUUCCGCCCCAGACCACUACCCCUCCUUCUAGCACAUUGAGUCUAGUUUCCACCAUCCCAACAUUUUCCAUUUUUUCUAGGACACAUACACUGCUCACACCACUGCACACGACAGGUGCACUUUACUUGUCCUCACCGAUCGGAGAUACGUCGAUGAUGAUCGGAAGUCCUGCUACUCAACAGAUAUCUCCAUCAUUAUCUGCAGGCCACACUUCGGUAAUCUUUACUGAUGUUGUGACAACGGUUACUACCCCUGUAACCGGUAACCCUGACCCUACCGACCUUUCCGUCAUUCUGCAACGUUUCUUGGAUUCAACCAUUAAACCAUGGGUGCACGAAGCAAUAACCGCUCGGGCACAGGAAUUCAGGAACACCCCGGCGUUGCUAAAUGACAUCAUCCAACCCCAACCAACAUCCUCACAUACCCAAGAAACCCAACCACUUCCUAUCAUACCUACCCAACAAACCUCUGAACCAUCCACAACCCUACCCCACUCACCUACUGCUUCAAGGGGAACCCAGGAUACAGAACUAGUGUCCUCCUCUACUUCGACCACACCUUUUCCUGACCCUAAAACUUUACCGUUCGAGGUACUCGAGAACCUUAUGCUAGAUCAACUACUAGCUACCGAAGAAGGCAACCUAACCCAGAAACAAAAAGACCUUCUUCGGAUCCUUAAGCCUGACAGCUCAUGCCGUGAUAGUGUCCUUGGUCACAAACGUUCGCAUGAGGACCCCGAUGAUUCGGAUCCUCAUGAGGGGGAGAACAAGAGACAAAGGAUACUUGAGCGUGAUGCGUCAACAAACCAACCCUCUACGCAAUCCAACCAACCUGAAUCCUCGAACAAUCAGCCCCCACCAUCCACUCAACACAAAAGCCAAACAGCCAACUCACCCACAUCUAGCCCGGUCGAGCUAGAAACAACACUCCUAGGCUCAUCUUUCAUAGAUGUAGACCAAGGAUGGAGUGGAAGUCCUGAGGUUGCUACUUCGAGUACACCUUUCUAUUCAGGCCAUCAGAAAGAACCUAGUUCUAAUCUGAUGAUAACGGGUAAUCCAAGUGAUCCCGGUGUUUCACAUGACAGGUCGCCUUCGACACAACAACAAGCUCACUCUAAGCCCUCUGGUAAUCAAAUACAAGAUGAACUGGAAGACCUUCUAGUUCAUGAUCAGUGGCCUCGCGAGUGGACAGAGUGGGAUGAUCUUAGAGUGGAAGCGGAACAGUACGAAAUGUGUCGAAGCUGGCAACUCAGAGAAUUCCUCAACAAAUAUCAUGCACAAAUGAUUGGACUCGAUGAAGAUGAACUCAAGGAAGGGGAGAAUCAUAAAGAAAAUCCCAAGGCACCAGAACCAGUCAAAGAAAAAUGGGAAAUUGUUAGAAUCAAAGCCCCCUUCCUAGAAGAAAUCCGAGAGAAAAUCUGGCGACAACCUGAAAAAAUCAAGAAGUUCAGUGAAUUAAAGAUGCGAGGAAUCAAUCACUUGAAAGGAAAAUACCGAGGAGGAAACCUGUAUAUGCUAGGACACAGAUCCACAGGGGAACGAAGACAAGUUCUAAAUCAUAAUCUUGCAACAAGUGGAUGUCCUAUAUCGAAAAUCCUGGAUAUCACAGAAGACUACUUGGAAACGAUUAAGUUCCUGAUCUUUCGUCUACGACGUACCGAUGGCUCGGAGUUCACCUGUCAAGAGAAUGACUUCUUCCUACUGCAUAUGGAUGAUAUUUAUCAAAUGUUCAUGAGAUGCAGGGAGCUCCCAGUGCACAAAGACAGACUUGCUAGAGAAGGUUUUGAGGCCAUAAAGAGAUUCAUGACAAGACAAGUUCGGUUCUACGCCUCCCAUGAUCUCCAGAUGACUCUAGAGCACAAUUAUUCAAAGGCGAAUCUUACACGACCGGACUUGGAUAGACCUGGGCUUGAAACCUUUACAGCAUAUUAUACAUUUGACAAGCCCAUCUCAGUCAUCUAUCUGAAUCACAAAGAAGAGAAGCGUCUGAUGAUUGUUGAAGACAUUCAAAAAUACUGUGAUGGGACCCUGCAAAUCAUCCGAGAACAGCUCCAGCCAAGGAAAGAAGAUCUAGAUAAAAGACAGAAUGAAGCCUCGAAGGAAGAAAUCAAAGAAUUGGAAAGAGUCAAUAAAAUCUUGAAAGCCAUCGAGAAACAACUUGACAGAAGAAGGUCACUCAGAAACUACGAGCAUGCACUAAAUCUCAGAAAGCAUUAUUUUAAAGCUCAGAAGUGAAGAAAAGAAGAAGCAAGAACAUCUGAUCACAAAGGGGGAGAUUGUUAGAGAUAUUUUCAUUAUAUUGUGAUCAAUGUUUCUUAGCUAUUUAUAUUUAGCAUCUUAAUUAAAUAGACUAGCUAGAAUAAUGAAUAGGCCUUUUAAGGCAAUGUGUAAUAAAAGGUUUUAUACCUUUUUAGGUAUGGGCCUCCUAGAAAAAGGAGCCCAAAUGAUUGUAAAACCUACCUUUCCCGUCAGGCUAUAUAUAUGCCUUAAGGGAAAGGCUAGGUUAAGCUUUUCAGAUAUUCUCAUUCUCUGUGCCGCAGUGCCUAUAUCGGUGAUAGAAGUUUUACGCUAGUUUCAUAUCAUUCUGUAAACUUCUUCAUCAUUCAAUGGAAAGCUUCAUUCCCAG